AUGUACCACUCCAACGAGGUGAUCGAGCUCCUCGACGACCUGAAGAACCAGUUCAUCAAGGAGAAGAACGACCUCGACACGACGGAGUUCGAGAACAAGAAGCUGUACGACAACAUCCUGCUCGAGAAGAGCAACGAGAAGCAGUUCAAGGAGAUGGACAAGGCCGAGAAGGAGAGGGUGGAGGCCGAGAAGCAGGCACAGAAGGCCACCGCGGUCGAGGCGGGGUACGUGGAGGCCAGGGCCAAGACCGCCGACGAGGCGUUCAUGGGUGUGCUCACGUCCGAGUGCCAGGAGAAGGCGGCCUUCUGGGACCAGCGCUCCAAGACUCGGGCCGAAGAGCUGCAGGCCCUCGCCUCGGCCAUCGAGUCGCUCGAGUCUGGGGCGGCGCCGAAUUGGAGCGCGAACCAGAAGCUGAACGACCUGCAGACCCGGAAGAGGGCGCCAAGCUUCCUGCAGCUCCGCGGGGACCGCGGGGGCCACAGGGCGGGCGGGCGCGAGAAGGCUGUGGCCCUGCUCAGCUCCGCGUCGGAGCGCCUGCACAGCUCGAUGCUCGCCAUGGUCAGCCUGCGCGUCGAGGCGUCGCGACAGGCGACGCAGGGCGGCCGACAGGAGGACCCCUUCGUCAAGGUGCGCCAGCUCAUGACAGACCUCAUCGCGCGCCUGGAGGCUGACGCCUUGGCCGAGGCCAGCCACAAGGAGUUCUGCGACGAAGGGAUCAGCAAGGCCGUCGGUGAGCGCGACGACGCGGUCGGCGAGUCGGAGACCGUCGACAAGGAUAAGACCAUCGCGACCGCGGAGGCGUCGCAGCUGUCCAUGGACAUCGCAACGCUGAGCACGGAGAUCGCGGAGAACAAGAAGGGGCUGAUGGAGGCUACCGAGCUGCGCGCCGCCGAGUCUGCAUUGAACGCGAAGACCGUGAGUGAGGCCGAGGCCGGCCUGGCCGCCGUGAGGGAGGCCAUCAGCAUCUUGGAGAGCUUCUACCAGGGGGCUGCUCCAGCCAGCAGGCUGCUGCAGACGGGCAGGACAGGAGCGGCCGCGCUGCCCUCUGGCCUGAGGGAGGACGAGCUCCGCUUCAAGUCCACCAACUCCGACCGCACGGGCAAGACCGUGGCCGACUACGCGCCGGACGUGUUUGAUGCGGACUAUCAUGGGUCGCAGGAGGCCUCAAAGGGCAUCAUCGGCACCCUGCAGGUCAUCCAGGCCGACUUCGAGCGCACCGUGUCGGCCACCGAGGAGGCAGAGUCUCAGGCCGAGGGCGCGUUCAACUCCUUCAAGGCGGAGAACGAAGCGGACACGGCGGCGAAGGACCUCGAGAAGACCGGCAAGGCGGGCACGUUGACGGUCACGAACGAGGCGAUCCUGACGCUCGAGUCCGAGCUCAGCGAUGCCACUGAAGCGCAUGCUUUGUCUCUGAAGUCCCUGGAGGCGCUGCGCGCAGACUGCAUCGAGAAGGAGGAGAGCUACGAGGAGCGCGUCGCCAAGCGCAACCAGGAAAUCGAGGCCCUCAAGGAGGCCCACGCCAUCCUGGAGGACUGGGAGGGCCAGUGA